AUGGCCGGGUCUGGUGAUGUGUACGAAAGCCCUCUCAAUACUCGCUAUGCAAGCCCCGAGAUGCAGUACAAUUUUAGCCCUAGGAGGAAGGUGGUAUUAUGGCGCCAACUAUGGUUGUGGCUCGCAGAAUCGCAACAGAAACUGGGUCUAAAAAUAACUGAUGGACAAUUGGAGGAAAUGCGUCACAAUCUGGACCAAGUUGAUUUUGAACAGGCAGCGAAAGAAGAAGCUCAGAGGCGCCAUGAUGUGAUGGCACAUGUUUAUGUUUUUGCGAAGGCCUGUCCUAAGGCAUCUCCCAUAAUUCACCUUGGUGCGACCUCUUGCUACGUGGUCGAUAAUGCUGACCUAAUAAUUCUGCGUCACGCCUUCACUCUCCUGGCUCCCCGGGUCGCCCGCUGCGUUGCACGAUUGGCUGAGCUGGCGCGUCGACACCGUGACGUCGUCUGUCUCGGUCGUACCCACCUCCAGCCUGCCCAACCCACCACAGUUGGCCGGCGCAUGUGCCUGUGGAUGCAGGAUCUGCUGCUCGACCUAGAGAGCAUUGAACGCGCUAGAGAUCAUCUCAUUCGAUUUCGGGGCACCAAGGGCGCCAUUGGGACUCAAGCCUCUUUUCUGGACCUCUUUGAAGGAGAUGAUGCCAAGGUUAUGAAAUUGGAUGAAUUAGUGGCGAAGAGGGCGGGUUUUUCGCGGGUCUGGUCGGUUACGGGGCAGACGUAUCCGCGAAAGUUGGACGCUGAUUUAGUGAGCAUCCUCUCCAGCCUUGGUGCCACCGUACAUAAAAUCUGCACGGACAUUCGUCUGCUGGCCAGCUUCAAGGAGGUUGAGGAGCCUUUUGAGUCCAAUCAGAUUGGUUCGUCGGCGAUGCCGUAUAAGCGUAACCCCAUUCGCUGCGAGCGGGCGUGCGCUCUUGCGCGAUUGUUGAUGUCACAUAGCGCGGCGGCGUUGGCGACGGCGGGGGUUCAGUGGCUGGAGCGCUCCCUUGAUGAUUCCGCAUUGCGACGUGUCCUCCUUCCCGAGGCCUGCCUGGCUGCGGAUGCAUGUCUCAUCAUUAUUCAGAAUGUCUUUGAGGGCCUGGUUGUCUAUCCCAAGGUGAUCGAGCGCAACCUGAUGUCAGAGCUGCCCUUCUUGGCAACAGAACGUAUUCUCAUGUGGAUGGUGAUGCAUGCUGGGGCAGACCGACAGGAGUGUCACGAGCGCAUCCGCGCUCACAGUCAGGCCGCUGGCGAUAUGAUGAAGUUAGAGGGACGCUGCAACGAUCUCGUUGCGCGUCUCAGUGGCGAUGCCUACUUCGCGCCUAUCGCCAAACACCUAGAUCAGCUCCUUGAUUCUCGUGCUUUCAUUGGACGCGCGCCUGACCAGGUUGAUGACUUCUUUGUUAAAGAGGUCGCUCCUGUGCUGGAACGUUACUCCGAAGAGUUGGGAGGUUUUUCUACUCUAACAGUAUAG